CAUACAACAGAAUUUAUGACGUUCUCUUCAAAACAGCAAUUUCUCCCCUUAGGCAGAAUGGUAAUUUUUUUUCACCACUUGAAAGAUUCAAAGCAUCGAUGAAUGUCGCGGGGAUUCUAUUAUGAAGUGACUGGUAGGAAUAUCAAAUCUGGACUACAAUUUUACAACAACUGGUUUUGACAGCUGAGCUCUGUUGGAAAUGCCACGGUGCCCUCUCUGAUGUGAGGAUGAGGACCUACACCAGAGGGGCCCCCACAGCGUUCUUCAUAAGUCUACUGUGGCCCCUGGUGUCCCCAGUGGUGGGGAUGGGAGAGGAGACGGACCCCACUGGAGGGAUACCCUUCAUGGGAGGGAACUACGAUGGCCACCCCAUGCUGUUUUUCGGCCAGGGUGAGGUGGAGGAGUUGCAGGCAGCAGCGGCUGGGACUCACCAGGAGAUGGCUGCAAGGAUCCGCAAGGCGGGGGAGGCCAUGCUGGAGCACCCUGAGGAAUACCUGCCCUCCUGGAGCCCGGCAGAGUUCAGCGCCCGCUGGAACGAGGUGUAUGGAAACAACCUGGGAGUGUUGUCUAUGUUCUGUCUGCUCUACCCACACAGGGCCGGGGCCCUUGACCUCGCCAAGGAUUACAUGGAGAGGAUGGCAGCUCAGCCUAGUUGGUUGGUUAAAGAUGCUCCUUGGGAUGAGGUUCCUCUAGCCCACUCUCUAGUUGGCUUCGCUACAGCCUAUGACUUCCUGUAUGAGUACCUGAGCAAGGUGCAGCAGGAGCGCUUCCUGCGGGUGAUCGGUAAUGCUACGCGCUUCAUGUAUGAGAAGUCCUACAUCCGCGGCUGGGGCUUCCAGUACCUGCACAACCACCAGCCCACCAACUGUGUGGCUCUCCUCACUGGCAGCCUGGUCUACAUGGCCCAGGGUUAUCUGCAGGAGGCCUACCUGUGGACUAAGCAGGUUCUGGCCAUCAUGGAGAAGUCUAUGGUGCUCCUCCAAGACGUGACGGACGGCUCACUGUACGAGGGCGUGGCCUACGGUACCUAUACCACCCGCUCUCUAUUCCAGUAUAUGUUCCUCGUGCAGAGACACUUCUCCAUCAGCCACUUCGACCACCCCUGGCUCCACAAACACUUUGCAUUCAUGUACAGGACCAUCCUGCCAGGGUUCCAGAGGACUGUAGCCGUAGCAGAUUCCAACUACAAUUGGUUCUACGGGCCUGAGAGCCAGUUGGUGUUCCUGGACCGAUACGUGAUGAGGAACGGCAGCGGGAACUGGCUGGCUGAACUGAUUCAUCAGAACCGGGUGUUGGAGGGGCCAGGACAGGCCGGGAAGGGACAGAGAUGGUGCACACUGCACACAGAGUUCAUCUGGUAUGAUCCAAGUCUGACUCCCAGGGCUCCUGCAGACUUCGGUACAUCCCAACUCCACUACUUUGAGGACUGGGGGGUCGUCACGUAUGGAAGUGCUUUACCCGCAGACACCAACCACACCUUCCUCUCUUUCAAGUCGGGGAAGCUGGGUGGACAGGCCAUAUUUGACAUCGUUCACAGGAACAAGUACAAAGACUGGAUCAAAGGGUGGCGGAACUUUAACGCUGGCCAUGAGCACCCUGACCAGAACACCUUUACGUUCGCCCCUAAUGGUGUUCCUUUUAUCACGGAGGCUCUGUAUGGGCCCAAGUAUACCUUCCUCAACAACGCAGUGCUGUUCUCCCCAGCUGUCUCAAGGAGCUGCUUCAAGCCAUGGGAAGGUCAGGUCACCGAGGCCUGUGACUCUAAGUGGCUGAAGUACAAGGUGGGGCUGGCGGCGGACGCCCAGGGCAGGGUGGAGGCGGCUCUGGAGAGGCAGGGGAUGGUGUUCAUCCGUGGGGAGGGCCAGUCGGCCUACAACCCUGACCUGAAGAUCAGGAGCUUCCAGAGGAACCUGCUGCUCCUGCACCCCCAGCUGCUGGUCCUAGUGGAUCAUAUCCAUCUGGAGACAGACAGCCCAACCAGGGCCAUGAGUGCCUUCUUCCACAACACGGACCUGUCCUUUCAGGAAGACAAAAUAGAUGGUGUGCACGGAGCUUUUGUCAGACACGGUGAAGACCCGUAUAAAAUGUUCUGGAUGGAUGACAGGGGCUUCAGUGAGAAAGGGGUCUUGGGGUACUGGAACUAUCCACGUGGUUACCCCUAUAAUGGCUCUAACUAUGUGAAUGUGACAAUGCCACUGAGGUACCCACACACCAGGGUAGCCUAUAUCUUCUUUGGGCCGGGUGUGGACGUGCAGAGCUUUAGCCUGCGUGCUGAUGCUAAUAGGGUGGACAUUUACCUGGCCACCAACGAGCACACAUACACCAUCUACCUUCUAACAGGAGAGGUGACCAACAAGCCUCUGUUUGCCAUGGUACUGGUGGACAAGAAAAAGAUUGUGUUUGAGAAAGCAGCAGGAGUGCUGAACGACACGCCAGAGGAGGUGGAGGAGUAUGUCAACGUAGUAGAGGACAACCUCCAACAUGCCAAGCCUGUUUUCCAGCAGCUGGAGAGACACAUCCUGGGCAGUGUACUCAACACGGCCAGCUUCCGCAAGACAGCUGAGCGCCUCCUACAGUUCUCAGACAAGAAGAAGACAGAGGAGGCCAUCGAGAAAAUGUUUGCUCUGAGUAAGAAACAGGGCAAAGGGAAGGGGGCCAAGAAAGCCUUGGGGAACCUUGGGAAAGAGCUCUCAGAGAGCCUGCCUGACAUCUUUGCACAGAUCGAGGUGAGUGAGAAGAAGGAGAGAUCGAAGAGCACAAAGCGAAUUAUUGAGGAGAGCUCAGAGGAAGAUGGAGACUCCAGGGCGUUUAUGGAUUAUGGAGACUCAAAUAAAGGCAGGAAGGGUGGCUUUGUGAAGGGUCGCAAAUUCAAGGAGGUCCACAUGUCAGCGACAGCCAAGAGUGACAGUCUGUCAAACGCAGCCUCUUAUAUCAGACUAUUCCUAAUCUUAAACAUAGCCACCUUCUUCCUGCUACUGGCUGUGUUAUUGACACGCUUCCAGAGAGGCAAAAGUCUACACACCCAAAGGUGUUUCUAUGGCAUUCUCCUCAUCGACAGCUUCAUCUUACUCUGCCUCUACUCUUCCUGCUCUCGCGCACAGUGUUGACAUCAUCACUGUGCAACGACGGGCAAUGUCAAUGUACAGACAGACCUAUUGAACUAUUGUAGUUCGGCAUGGGUUAAUAAAAUGCACCAUACACCUCAGUCUGAGCCAAAUCUACCUGAUGGGUGUCCAGGAAAUAAUUAAUUCCAAAUAGGAAUUGAUAGACUUAACGAUAUUAAGCCCGACCACCUCAGAGAUCCUAAGCUUCUGUGGAGCUUGGGAAUGGAGUCUAUAUAAACGUUGUCAUGUACAGUUUUUAGAUUAGACCCCCUGACUCAUAUCAAAGAUCUCCAAGGCUAGCCACGAAAAUGCAGAUAUCUCUGCCUCUCUCUGCGUACAUUUUGACAUGCAGUCUAAGUCAUAAAGAAUAUGGAAAGGUCGGGUGAUUGUGGAGGCCAGGUCAUCUGAUGCAGCACUCCAUCACUCUCCUUGGUCAAAUAGCCCUUACACAGCCUGGAGGUGUGUUUUGGGUCAUUGUCCUGUUGAAAAACAACUGAUAGUCCCACUAAGCGCAAACAAGAUGGGAUGGCGUAUCGCUGCAGAAUGCUGUGGGAGCCAUGCUGGUUAAGUGUGCCUUGAAUUCUAAAGAAAUCACAGACAGUUUCACCAGCAAUGCACCCCCACACUAUCACACCUCCUCCUCCAUGCUUCACGGUGGGAACCACACAUGCGGGGAUCAUCCGUUCACCUACUGUACUGUAUCUCACAAAGACACUGCGGUUGGAACCAAAAAUCUCAAAUUUGAUCUCGUCAGACGAACAGACAGAUUUCCACUGGUCUAAUGUCCAUUGCUCGUGUUUCUUGGCCAAAGCAAGUCUCUUCUUCUUAUUGGUGUCCUUUAGUAGUGGUUUCUUCGCAGCAAUUCGACCAUGAAGGCCUGAUUCACGUAGUCUCCUCUGAACAGUUGAUGUUGAGAUGUGACUGUUACUUGAACUCUGUGAAGCAUUUAUUAGGGCUGCAAUUUGGCGUGCAGUUAACUCUAAUGAAUGUAUCCUCUGCAGCAGAGGUAACUCUGGGUCUUCCUUUCCUGUGGCGGUCCUCAUGAGAGACAGUUUCAUGAUAGCGCUUGAUGGUUUUUGUGACUGCACUUGAAGAAACUUUUAAAGUUCUUGAAAUUUUCCGUAUUGACUGACCUUCAUGUCUUAAAGUAAUGAUGGACUGUCGUUUCUCUUUGCUUAUUUGAGCUGUUCUUGCCAUAAUAUGGACUUGGUCUUUUACCAAAUAGGGCUAUCUUCUGUAUAUCACCCCUACCUUGUCACAACACAACUGAUUGGCUCAAACGCAUUAAGAAGGAAAGAAAUUCCACAAAUUCACUUUUAACCUGUCUAGGACGGGGGAACCCCUCGCCAACAGCCAAUAAAAUUGCAGGGCGACAAAUUCAAUCAACAGAAAUCUCAUAAUUGCAUUUUCUCAAACAUACAAGUAUUAGACAGCAUGUUAAAAAUAAAAUUAUCGUUAAUCCAACAACAGUGUCCGAUUUUCAAAAAAGCUUUUCGGCGAAAGCAGAACAUAUCAUUAUGUUAGGUCAGCAACUAGUCACAGAAAGCAUACAGCGAUUUUCCAACCAAAGAGAGGAGUCACAAAAAGCUGAAAUAUUGAUAAAAUGAAUCACUAACCUUUGAUAUUCUUCAUCAGAUUACACUCCCGGGACAACAUAUUACACAAUACAUGUAUGUUUUGUUCGAUCAAGUUCAUAUUUGGCUUUGCCUCAAAAACAUCUUGUGAAUUUGCACAGAGCCACAUCGAAUCACAGAAAUACUCAUAAUAAACAUUAAUAAAAGAUACAAGUGUUAUUCACAGAUUUAAAGAUAUACUUCUCCUUAAUGCAACCGCUGUGUCAGAUUUUUUAAAAACGUUACGGAAAAAGCACACCAUGCAAUAAUCUGAGUACGGCGCUCAGAGACCAACACAACCCAAGAAGAUAUCCGCCAUGUUGGAGUCAACAUAAGUCAGAAAUAGCAUUAUAAAUAUUCACUUACCUUUGAUGAUCUUUGUCAGAAUGCACUCCCAGGAAUCCCAGUUCCACAAUAAAUGUUUGAUUUGUUCCAUAAAGUCCAUCAUUUAUGUUCAAAUUCCUCCAUGUUGUUCGCGCGUUCAGUACACAAUCUAAACUCACGACGCGCGGGCAGGUCCAGACAAAAGUUCAGACGAAAAGUCAUAUUACAGUCCAUAGAAACAUGUCAAACGAAGUAUAGAAUCAUUCUUUAGGAUGUUUUUAACAUAAAUCUUCAAUAAUGUUCCAACCUGAGAAUUCCUUUGUCUGUAGAAAAGCAAAUGGAACAGAGCUCGCUCUCACGUGAACGAGUGUCACGAGCUCAAAGCAUUCUGCCAGACCUCUGACUCAUUCCCCUCUCAUUCGGCCCCACGUCACAGUAGAAGCAUUAGACAAGGUUCUAAAGACUGUUGACAUCUAGUGGAAGCCUUAGGAAGUGCAACAUGAACCAUAUCCCACUGUAUCCUCAAUAGGGAAUGAGUUGAAAAACAACCAACCUCAGAUUUCCCACUUCCUGGUUGGAUUUUUUCUCAGGUUUUUGCCUGCCAUAUGAGUUCUGUUAUACUCACAGACAUCAUUCAAACAGUUUUACAAACAUCAGAGUGUUUUCUAUCCAAAUCUACUAAUACUAUGCAUGUAUUAGCAACUGUAACUGAGUAGCAGGCAGUUUACUCUGGGCACGCUUUUCAUCCAAACGUGAAAAUGCUGCCCCCUAUCCAUAACAAGUUAACAAGGCACACCUGUUAAUUGAAAUGCAUUCCAGGUGACUACCUCAUGAAACUGGUUGAGAGAAUGCCAAGAGUGUGCAAAGCUGUCAUCAAGGCAAAGGCUGGCUACUUUGAAGAAUCUCAAAUAUAAAAUGUAUUUUGAUUUGUUUAACACUUUUUUGGUUACUACAUGAUUCCAUAUGCGUUAUUUCAUCGUUUUGAUGUCUUCACUAUUAUUCUACAAUGUCGAAAAUAGUAAAAAUAAAGAAAAACCCUGGAAUGAGUAGGUGUGUCCAAACUUUUGACUGGUACUGUAUGUUCAAACAAGAUAUAUUUUUGUGUUAUUAAUCUACUCUUUGUAAUGAAAAAGGAACAAUAUGCAUAGAUGUGCAAUGUUAUUGUCAUUGUGUAUUUGCUUUUGUCUGAUGGAUGAGGGGACUUUGCAGAUAUAAAACAGUAGAAAUAUGUUUAUAACUGCAGCAUGAUACUAUUGCAUUCAACCAAAUUGGCUUAACUGCAUAACAGAAAACAUUGUUAUCCCCAUUUAAGUCUUGUGAUAUUGUUCUAUUGCUGUCAUGGUCCAUGUAAUUCCAUUUAGAUUAAUACACUUUUGAAUAUUAAUUUUGCUUACUUUCAUGCUCUCAACUGCUUGUCAACAGUAUGUUGGUGAAGGCCAUUCCAUUAUGCUAGCGUUGAUUCAUUUUAUUUUCCAUCACAAAACCCACCCAAAAUAAUUACACACUUGCACCUCCCGAUUUUAUAAUGUGGCAUUAUUUUGAAACAUUUGUCAUCACUGCCCAUGUUUAUUGUUGUUACUGACUAUUCUAAUGGGUCUACAGGCGGCAUAACAGGGAUGAGGAUUUUUGUGUUACUUUGAUGGGAUAUGUACCUUGGUAGGGAGGAAACCGCUACUCUGAUAGUUAUGGGAUUGUUAGGGAAGGGAGAACUAAAUGCUAGGAGAGGGGUAGAUUUUUGGUGGGCAUUGGUGGAGGAGAUUUUCGGGAAAUAUGUAAAUAGUCCUGAACCUGUACAUACUGUAUGUAUACAGACAUACAGGUAACUACCAAAAUAAUGGAAGCACUUGAGUAAAUGAGGGAUACAAAUUAUAUUGAAAGCAGGUGCUUCCACACAGGUGUGGUUCCUGAGUUAAUUAAGCAAUUACCAUCCCAUAAUGCUCAGGCUCAUGUAUAAAAAUGCUUGGCGGGCCAAUAUUUUGGUUACCAUAGCUAUACCCCUAUAGGGUAACAGUGCUCCCAUCCACAGGGCACGGGUGGUCACUGAAUGGUUUGAUGAGCAUGAAACGAUGUAAACCAUAUGCCAUGGCCGUCUUAGUCACCAGAUCUCAACCCAAUUGAACACUUAUGGGAGAUUGUGGAGCGGCGUCUGAGACAGCGUUUUCCACCACCAUCAUCAACAAAACACCAAAAUGAUUGAAUUUCUUUUGGAAGAAGUGCAUCACAUCCCUCCAAAAUAGUUCCAGACACUUGUAGAAUCUAUGCCAAUGUGCAUUGAAGCUGUUCUGGCUCGUGGUGGCCUAAUGCCCUAUUAAGACACUCUAUGUUGGUGUUUCCUUUAUUUUGGCAGUUACCCGUAUCUGUCCUCAAUUUAGUGUGUGUAUGGUCAAGUUUUCCUCAGAUCAGGAGGUUGGUUGUAGGAAGAUGUUGCAGCUAUCAAUAUUUACUCACUGUUGCUCAGUCACACAGAUAACAAGGAGAGACAUGCAAACAAGUCUUUAGUUCCUUUGACGUGUUUUGCACAUGCGAGGGUGGGCUCUGUCCAACGAUCUAUGUCGGAGUCUUUCUCUCUCUCUGUAAGAUAGACACAUUCCCAGACGUGUCUUCUGAACAUGUGCAAGUCAAUAUUAUGGCCUAGAGGAGGGAUCAUCAACUAGAUUCAGCCACGGGCCAAUUGUUUCUUGAGUGGAUGGUCGGGGGGCCAGAACACAAUUACAAAUAAUUUGUAGACUGUAAAUUGACCGCAAGAAGCCCAAAUAUACAUAAUAUUUUACAAAAAAAGUAUAAUUUCAAACCUUGCUUACAUUUGUAUAUGAUCACGUGUCUCUCUAUUAUACGUGGAAAUACUUGGGGAUAGAUUUCCCACAUUUAAAUCACUUGGAGCUGAUUUCCUGGUGUUUUUACCGUUUUUUAUGUCCAACAAUGAAAAUGUUGCUCAGAAGACUUGGGGGACCAAAUAAAACCACCUGUGGGCUGCCAGUAGCGGAACCCUGGUCUAGGAUCUAGACACAUGACUCCUCAGCCUGCAAGUGGGAGGAGCUAAACCCAUGACAGUGUUGCCACUAGUUGAAUUCAGUUUGAUUAGGUGAGUGUUGUGCUCAAUACACUAUACCACUAUUGCCUAAUCGUGCUGUAUCUUGCCAAUGAAUUUAACUAAACUAUGAGUAAUGGAAGCCCUAGCCUUUUGUGACAGCACAGAGAUUUGUCUCUGGAUGCCGAGAUUAUGAAAGCACUAAUGACAAUCAAGUAGCAGCUUUUGGUCAGGGAUUGCACGCAACAAGCAACAAUCAGAAUUCAUUGUUUUGCCAUCUCAUUAAAUAACACAUUUUCACCAAUAUUUUCAAUAAAGAGUUUUACGCAAGA